CUUUGUUUCUCAGGCCUCUCCUGUCACUUGAGAAAGUGUCCUGAAGACGAGACGGGCAUGGAAACUGUGGUGCUGACAUCCAGGUCCCAGACACCCGUGACAUUCAAGGAUGUGCUGGUGGACUUCACCAGGGAGGAGUGGAAGCUGCUGGAUGCUGCUCAGCAGAUCAUGUACAAAGAUGUGAUGCUGGAGAACUAUAAGAAUCUGAUUUCCUUGGGACAUCAGCUUCCUAAGCCAGAUGUGAUCCUGCAGUUGGAGAACGAGGAGGAGCCCUGGCUGAUGGAGAAAGGAAUUUACCAUGGGACACAUCCAGAUUCAGACACGACAGCUGAAAUUAAAUCAUCAGUUUCCAGAAAGAGCAUUUCUAAAGACAAACAAUCCUUUGACAUUAAAAUGGAAGGGGUCUCAAGGAAUGAUCUUUGGUAUUUGUCACUAGAAGAUGUCUGGAAAUGUGACAAGCAGAUGGGCAAAUAUCAUGGUAGCCAAGAAAGACAUAUGAGGCAAGUGGCAUUCACCCAGAAGAAAGUACUUAUUCAAGAGAAAGCCUGUGAAAGUGGUAAAUAUGAAGAAAGCUGUCUUCUCCCUGCUCAGCUAGUACUGAGAGAGUAUUUCCAUAGACGUAGCUCACAUGCUAAAAGUUUAAAGCAUGAUUUACUGUUUAAUGGGCACCAGGAAAACUGUGCAGGUAGCAGUAAUGAAUGUGGCCAAACUUUCUAUCAAAACAUUCAUCUUAUUCAAUUUGCACGAACUCACAUUGGAGAUAAAUCCUACCAGUGCUCUGAUAAUGACAUCUCUCUUGCUUCUGUUGCAUGCCUUGAUGCGUCAAAGGGUAUGCACAGAGAGAAACCCUAUGAAUGUAAGGAGUGUGGAAAAUUCUUCAGCUGGCGCUCUAAUCUUACCAGGCACCAACUUAUUCACACUGGAGAAAAGCCCUAUGAAUGUAAAGAAUGUGGAAAGUCUUUUAGCCGAAGUUCCCAUCUAAUUGGACAUCAAAAGACUCACACUGGUGAGGAGCCAUAUGAAUGCAAAGAGUGUGGGAAGUCCUUCAGCUGGUUUUCGCAUCUUGUUACCCACCAAAGAACUCACACAGGUGACAAACUUUACACAUGCAAUCAAUGUGGGAAAGCGUUUGUACAUAGCUCCCGGCUUAUCCGGCAUCAGAGGACUCACACUGGAGAGAAACCUUAUGAGUGUCCUGAGUGUGGGAAGUCAUUCCGACAGAGCACACAUCUCAUUCUGCAUCAGAGAACACAUGUCAGGGUGAAGCCCUAUGAAUGUAAUGAAUGUGGGAAGUCUUACAGUCAGAGGUCUCACCUUGUUGUGCACCACAGAAUUCACACUGGACUGAAGCCUUUUGAAUGUAAAGAUUGUGGAAAGUGUUUUAGUCGAAGUUCUCAUCUUUUCUCACAUCAGAGAACCCACACUGGAGAGAAACCAUAUGAAUGUCAUGAUUGUGGGAAAUCCUUCAGCCAAAGUUCUGCCCUCAUUGUACAUCAAAGAAUUCAUACUGGAGAGAAGCCCUAUGGCUGUUGUCAGUGUGGCAAAGCCUUCAUUCGGAAGAAUGAUCUCAUUAAACACCAGAGAAUUCAUAUUGGAGAGGAGGCCUAUAAGUGUAAUCAGUGUGACAUUAUCUUUAGCCAGCACUCUCCAUUUGUUGUCCAUCAGAUAGCACAUACUGGGGAGCAGUUCCUCAUGUGUAAUCAGUGUGGUACAGCACUAGUUAGUAGCCGCUCUCUUAUUGGAUACCAGACAAAUCACCUGAGAAAGGCCGCUUACUAGUGCAAGGAAUACAGAACAUGCUUCUCUAAGAACUGUAAUUUUACAUUGGAGAACUUCUCAUGGAGAGAAGUUGUGCAGAUGGAAUAUGUGUGGAAAUGCUUUCAGUCUUGUUACUACCCUAUUGCAUUCUAUCAAAUUCAUCCAGGGGGGCACACAUUUCAUUCCAGGACAUAAAUAUAUUAGACUUUCCACAAACUCCCACUAAAGUUCUUGGCCUGGGUACAUGCUUGACUAAGGCUUAAAUGCUAGUUUCUGAGAAGAAAGUGUUAAGUAGGUGAAUUGUUGAGUGAUAAUACAUCUUUAUUAUUCAGAGAGCUAAGUGGAUAUGGCAGGGUAGUCAAAUAUAUUGUUGAGAAUAAAAUAUAGUUACUGUAGCAAUAGAUAGUAAAAUUCCAGUGAAUUAAUGUGCCACUGUGUACUUGAUUGUGCUUGUCUUCUAGAUACUUAGAGUUCAGGGAUUUUGUUUAUUUGUUUGUUUCUUAUAUGAAUUACAUUCUGGAUAAUAGGGUAAUCUCUAUAAAACCAUUCAUACAUCCACACUACUAGUAAUAUUCAUUUUAAAAAUAUAUUUGCAUGUGGGCAAGAAUUGAGGAAAUAGUAUAUAUAUAUAUAAAUGAGUCAAACCGAUUUGUUAGAUAAUGGGACUAUGAAUGAGUAUUCCAGCAUAUUCGGUAUUGAUGAACUAGUUAAGGCAUUCAAAAACACUCAAGAAGGAUAUCUAGUUUCUUUUUCUUCAAAGACGCUUAACCACCUGCUACAAACUUUCCUAUUGUGAGCUGUUUGGUGUCAUAGAAUUCUACUUUAGAGAGAUGAGGAUAAAGGCUCCUGAGAAUUUGAAAGUAGUACUUCUCUGUAAGUGGAGAAUGAGGGGAGGUUGAACAUGUGGACACAUGGUUGGAUAGGGGUCUGUUUGAGAUCAGGAACCUAUGCAGUAUUUGCAGCAGAUGUGCUCAUGUGUUAAGCAAAACAUUGCUCAAGAACAGUGCU